GGUAAAAGUAGUUUUUCCGAAUUCAGAAAGUGAUAUUGCGCCAAUUAACGCUAGAAAAGAGAAAAAUAUAAACAAUCAUAAAUAAAUGGGGAAAUCAAGGAAAUCUUCAGGAUAUGUCGUAGGAAUAUCCACGGGAAUGUUCAAUACAUACAAGACUGUAUUUUAUUGGGAAAUAAACAAACUUUUCCCACUUUUCUAAACGCCAAGAAAAACGUGAAAAUUCACAGAAAAUUCGUGAAAAACUAUCAGGAAAAAUGUGUGAAAGUGAUCAGCAACCAAUCUAUCAUCUUUUCCAGCAAUUGUCAACAUUUUUUGACGAUCACCUCGAUGCAGAACAAUUGACAGAAGUUCUGGCGGCUGAGGAUGCGUCUUCGCAGUUGCAGGGAAUUCAGCUCCUACAGAAGGUCAAAUAUGACGCUUCCUGCUCUUCAAUACUCCUCGAAAUAACUUCAGAAAUGCGAAAUAUCCGAAAUUACGUACAUUUCAAUCAAUCCGAUGGCGAGAAAAGUGAUCGAGAGCUGUCUACGGUGUCCUGGGAUAAAGUUCUCCGGGAGAUUAAGAAGGAUUCCUACUUGACAUUCAUACAGUGCCUUGUUGGUGUUCUUGGAGUUGAUUUUCACGACAAAAUAUCGCGGAAAUUGGGAUGUUUAGCUGGGGAUUGUUUUGUGCUGACUUUGGUAAUUCCCGGAGCAAAGAGAUGUGGUGUGUUUGAGGAGUCUCUGCUGCAGACAAUUGCAGAGUACCCCAAAUAUCUGGAGGAUGGAAACUUAUCGAAGCAGGAAGUGAAUGAAUUUAAGAUAUUUCUCCUCACAUUGCUGGAAGAUUUGCAAUUUCUCUUCAAACACGUCUCUCUGGAGGAAUUUGAGGAUCUCCGGACGGCAAUAUGUGUCUCAAUGAAGAAUAUCAUUCUUUUCUUCUAUCAAAAUGGUUACAAAGCUGCCAUUGAUUGUAGUUUAACUCGGAAAGCUUAUGAAAUGCUAAAAGAUCUCUGUGCAGCUCUUCAUGGAGACACAACGAAGAAUCUCACAAAGAUCUUCUCUCUCACCACGGUGCUACACAAUCACAGUGCAUCUGGGAUUCGAAACACACAGGACAUGCCACACAGUGAUAGUAUUGCGGGAUUUUUCAUCUACCUUCUUGAUCAAUUUCCCACAAAUACAACGCAAAUCUUGACCACAUUCAUUGAAGCCACCCUGUCAAAUCCCGAGGAGAAUAUCCGGGCUGAGCAGUACAGUGCAACACUGGAGAUUGCUGUGAAGUACGAGAAGGCAAUCUUUGAGAAGUGCAACGUCUCAAUUAUUCCCUACUUGGAGCGUCUUGUCUGCAGUGAAGAUGCCACACAACGUGCCAAUGGGACAGAUUUCCUUUCCCGGAUAGCCUUGAUAGAUUGUCAGGUAAAUUGGAGUAUAUUCCAGGAGGAAGUUUCCAAAAUUCCGCGUGAAGUGAAGAUCUUGCAGCUCUUGUUUACAAAGACAAUUGAUGUGAAUAACAAUGUGAAGAUGAAGGCACUUUCCGGGCUCACAAAGAUCUUUUCCGGGGGCAAUAGAAAUACCCAAAAAAUUCUUCGGGCCCUCUUUAAAAAUCCCCCGGAGCGGGAUGAAGAAAUUCCAGGAAUUGAAGAGGUAACGGAAGUAGCUGAGGAGUUUCCAAAUUAUCUCUUUCAUUUGCUGCAGAGCAGCCUGGCGCAUGUGAGGAAGAAUUCUCUGACAUUGCUGGAGAAUCUUCUUGCGUGGAAUGAGAAGCUCCUCGAAAGUGGAGGAUUCUUUGAAGAAUUAGCCAGAUUGGUGGAUGAUUCAUCUUCCCUUGUGCGUCGACAGAUCAUUUCCACUCUAAAUACUCUCAUGAAGACCUUCCCACAGAAGGAGGUGGUCAUCAAGGGUUGGACACGAUGCAUUUUACGCCUUAUGCGCGACAAUGAUGGAAAGAUUGUGGAUGCAGCCAUGGAGAGCCUCAAAAUGGUGAUCUUUGACAAUAUUGAACGCCAUGAAGAUUCUUCCACGACAGCUGCUCAGAUGCCGUGGAUUACGCUACGUACAAUGAUGCAGCAGGAACAGCGUAAAGUCCUCCGGAGUGCAAUGGAUUCGUGGAUUCGGAAUAGUAUUGUGACGCAGAAAACACUGGGUAUCAUUGAGAGUCACACAAACACGGAGAAUGCCACAGAAGCAUGGCUCCUACUCUCCUUGGUUGCGUCUAAGAUGCACACUAAAGAUCCUGAUAGGGUAGUUCUGGCUUUUGUGGACACCCUGAACUCUUCAUCGGCAAAUCUCGUCAAUCAACACUUUAUGCUGGAAAUCAUUCACGCCUGGAUGCCCCAUUUUAGUCGUACCACACUCAAUAAUCUCUACAACCUCAUCCAGCGACAUCUCUCCGAAGGGAAUCUCCCAACAUCCCUCGUUAGCCCACUCUACAAUGUCUGCCUGAAGCAGAGACAAUCUGCCGAGAUGGAGCACGAUCGGGAGUGGAUAAUUACUCUCAAUGCCAUUGCGGAAGAUUUUGUGUGGACGCAUAGACUACAGCUGACCAGCAGUGAGUGGGAGAUCAAUCAAAAGAUGGUGAAUUUCCUCUACAUCUACUCGGAGACAAGUAUGGAUCUGACGCAAAAGCCACGUCAGAGAUUCCUUGACUUCUUCUACCAGCUUUUACGUGAAUGUCGUGUGACUCAAGCCUCCAAUCCGGAGAAAUGCUGCACCCUGGUCAUCUUUGUCAGCAGGCUGGCCAUUAGGGAUACGGAUAUUGCAGCUGAGGUACUUCCGGAACUUGGGAAGCUUCUCAAAACUACACAACAUAAGAGUGUGGCUUGCAACAUUAUCGUAGCCCUCACGAAUUUGUGCAAGAAGCACACAACUCUCACGGAGCCAAUUAUGCAGGAAGUUGUGUCCAAAUUGAAAGCAUCCGUCACGGUGAUUCGCUACAAAGCUCUAUCAGCCCUCACGACUCUCGUAAUGCAGGACUACAUCAAGAUGCGCGGGCGUCUGCUUAUGAACGUCCUGGCGGCUAUUGUGGAUCCCUGUAGAUCAAUUGCCAGAGCUGCUGCUGGGAUGGUGCUGAAAUAUGUGGAAGAAAAGAAUCGUCUGCUCCUCCAGACAAGCUUUCUGGAAGUGAUCUACGUCUACAAUGGCUACAUGUAUGAACGCUUUGAGGUAUUCAAUACAGCCGAAAUGGAUGAUGAAGUGUGUCCCCUUCAAGGGAAAUCAAAGCGUCAUCUGCGCUUCCUCCUGUAUCGAUUCUUCCUGCAAAACUUCACGGAUUUGCAAUUGCUAAUGUUCCUCAAUAAUGUGGCAACGGUUCAGGAGAAAAUCCACAAGGAGACACUAAUUAAAACGCCCGAAAGUGUGGAAGCUCUCGAGGAUUUAGUGGAAGUUUUUACGAGAGUUUGUGAAUUUAAAUCCUGGACAAUGCUAAAGAGUGCUGGAAAUUCCCGGGAUCCAGAUGAUUUACCCGAUGAGGAGGUAGAUUUGCCAAUUGUGCAGGAGAAGUCUGAAGAAGCGGGGAAUCCUGAGGAUAUUGGGAAUCUCAAGCAAGCUAUUCCGGUUCUGGAUAAAAUGGUGGCAAUUCUACCGAACUUUGUUACCCGGAUGGAAGCUUUCGAUGGGAGGCUAAAGGACAAAGUAGACAUCUUCUGUGAGGCUGUUUGUGAUAAUUUCAAAUCAUUUGUUGAGUACGCCCAACCAGAGAAGUUCUGGAAGAAGUAUCGAGAUGUUAAGCGACAAAAGAAGCCCCAAGCAGCUGUGGAGAAAGUUUUGAAUUUCGAGGAUGAGGAUGAAGAAGACUUUGAUAUGUGAUUGCAAAAGUUUAUUGGUCAGUGUUUUGUGAGGAGUUUCCGGGAGAUUCCACUGAGAAUGGCAACGUGACACAUGUGCAGGAGAAGGCUGGAGAAAUUUGUACUUGGAUAGGUGUUCCAGGUGAAUUCAAUAACAGCCAGAAGGAGGAAUUUUACGCUCGUCCGGAAGUCUGUGCACCACACCAAGUAGGGCAAGGAGUGAAAGUACCAAACGUAGAAUUGAUAGUGAAGGCUCCGAGAGAAGACGAUGCCAAUGAAGUUACAGAGAAAGAUGGGAAGGAUGGCCAGCUGGGUGCAUCGAUCAAAAUGAAUUGAAUAUUUCUCUUCACUGGGCUCUUCCACAACUGGCGGUGGUCCCGUACUGUUCAUCUUGAGACCCUUCUCGAAAGCACUGAGGAAUUUCUCCUGAUCCGGAGAGAGCUUCUCUUCAUUCUCUUGACCUCCAGCCUGAACUUGUUUCCUGCGUCGCUGCUUUUGACGCUUCUGAGACUCCACUUCGGCAUUUUUGGCAUCAAUCUGUGGCUGUAGCUGAAGCUGAAGCUGCCGGAGGCGACAGUAAUUCUGAAAGUAGAGAAAAGCCGGCCGGGAAAGCACGAGGAGGAAUAUUGCAUGCCCCAGGAGAAGUCCAAUGUGAAAAUUUCUAUUAAUGAAGACUUCCUCUGAUAGAAAGCGAUAGUUCACCGUCCAUUUGUGCUCAAAUACCCUGCCGAGAUCAAAGCUACCCUUGAUGUAUUCCAGCGGAUAAGUCAGGAGGAAUGGAGCUCCCAAAAGCAACUGAACUCCCGCACAAAUAGCCAACUGAAGCAUUGUCUUCACAUAGCCUAAGUUUGUGAUGUAAAACAGGAGUAUUGCUGGAGCAAACAGUAGAAUAUUCAUCUUCACAGAGACUCCUAAACUCAGAAAGAUGCUCCCCAAGUUCCAAUUGUUGUCCAGGAAGCAAUUAAGUGCAGCAUAGAAGAAGAUAAUUGCCACGGGAUCAUUGAAGAGCCUCAAAACAUAAAUUGAAUGGAUCCUGUAGGAUGUGAAUGUGGUGAUAAGGAGCACAUAUGGUGGAACUUUUUGGGAUUUCGAGUAAAUCCUCAGCACCAAGAACAUCUGCAUCAAAUAGAUCCCAAUGAAAAUGUACUGAGCCAAUUGGAUGUUCUUCCCAUAGUUGGUGAGGAAGUACAGCACACUGUAGAUGUACACAAAGCCAGCUGGGUACACCAGAGGUCCCGUUUCACCUAAAAAUAGAGCAAUUCCGGUCAUCUCCUGGAUCUAUUUUUGGAAGAGACAAUCUCAACGUGCAUCUCACCUCGAAGCAUAGCAUAGUUGAGGGUACCAUUGAGGAAUCCCUCACAUUCCUGCAUGUAUGCCACCCAAUCAAUCUCCGUGUAAGGCACCCGGAGAACAACAGCUACAUUCAGGAGGAGUUCUGCCAGCAAAAUCGCCCACGUAACAACCGGCAGCCGGGAUGGUUCGAAAAGGAGGGACUUUGCAAAGAGUGAACUUCUAGCUAAGAGAGACAAAGAAGAAGAAGGAAUUUGAAUUCACACGAGAUUUAUCACAAAAUUCAGGGACGAAACAAUUUUUCAGAGUGGUGCAGAUUUGUUGUUUCUUUAAAAAGAGAUUCAUUUGAAAAAGAGACGAUUUCUACAUGUUUUCUAUGGUGGAGUGUUACACAGAUAUGGGACAAAUUGGCCAAGACGUGAGUAUCUGUAUAAAUUUUUUUGCUUAAACUUGUAUUAGCUUAUGGUAGUUAGUUGAGAGGGGGAGCAAAAGAAGUUACCUUUUCUAUCCACUUUCCUUUUUCACCUGCAAUAAUGCAACAAAAGUCACUCAAGUGAAUUCAAUGCAGAAAAUACACCGUGAAGUUCAUAAAAUUUAAAAACUUCGUAUCUCAGUUUAAAAAUCUUUUUUUUUUCAUUCGACGUUCGCUCCUCAUUUUUAAUGCAAUAUUGCAAAAAAAUGCAAAUUAUCCAUCGUCCCUGUAUGUUGCAAAAAUGUUUGCAUUAAUCUCCUGUGUGGUUCAGAAAAAUAUAAAUUGUAUGAGAAGCAGAUCUACAUUAUUUUUUCACUUUUAUGCUCUUCGCUUUAUUGAAGCUUAGAGUAUAAAAUUGAAUGGAACGGUGUAGGGCAAUGAAUAAAAAGUUUUACAUUGACUAUUGAAACGUUUAAAGCGACAUCUCGAAUUAAUUUUCAGAUGACUAAUUUAUCUGUUUAUCUCUUUUAUGAAAUCAAUACUAAACAGAUUUUGAAAAGAAUAUUUUUGAGUAUUUAGAGCCAAAUGAAUCUAUAAAUAAAAAAAAUUACUGCACAUAGCUACGAUUUAAUUAGGUCUCACCGAUAUCGCCACCUGUUGCAUUUUUUACUUAAACUAAAGCUCUACCUGUUGCACUCUAUUGCUAGCGCCACCUGUUGCCUAUCUUAUUUUCCAUAAAUUGUUCUAUUAAAUGAAAAUUAUUACUCCACAUUUUACAUGCUCACAUAUAACACUACAAUGUAACAGAUAAAAUGCGUGGGUUUGAUUUCCAUUUUUUUAUAUGCAUAUAAUUAUUAUAAAUUUUAUAUUUUUUAAUCCACACGACCUGAGUGUGAGUGUGUAAACAAGGCAAUUAAUUGUGACUUAGAAAAUCACGAUAUUGUUGUUUUGCUGCCUCUUCGAGAGUACGCCAUAUGUAAAAAAGAAUGUAUAUAUGGUGUGUGUGUCUGUUCUCAUUUUCGAAAGAAGAAGAAAAUUCUCGGUACGCAAACAAUUGUUCGCAUUUUCAAUUGAGUGUCUCUCUACUCGCGUAUAGCACAUAAAAUAUGUAUAUAUGCCUAAUCCUCAAAGUAAACACAAUAAAUAAAGCUUUUAUACGACCUCCUUGGUACAAUUACCCAAAUUUUGGGUUAAUUGCCGCGCAAGAGUUCGCACGUGCUUGGAAACUCCCGUCUAAAAGUUAUUUCCAGAAUUUUUUCUCUGUUCAAUUUUUUUCUGCAACUGAAUAAAUUUGCUCCGGAGUUUUUUCUUAGUGGGAUAAGUGAGAAAAUGUACGUAUAUAGUUUCAAAAAAAAAUUGCAUAAAUUUGUCUUUAUUGGACUUUUCAAUUAACACUGUGGCAAAUUGCCUCAUUUUUUUCCUCUCCUCCGUGUAGCUGUCUCGUCUGGCACCAAAAAGGCAGUCAAAAGAGAUGAUUUAGAAUAUGCACACAAGUGUGGGGAGAAAAAAUCGCGAUAUGAACUGACAUCCUUUCAAUGAAAUUUAUUGGGAGAUAAAUGAACUCUUUAUUGAAUUUUUUCCAUCCAAAAAAAAAUCGUUCAUUUGUUUCGGUUUUAGCAGUUAAUCAUAAUGAUUUGUGAUGAUCUCAUGAAAUAUUAGAGAUACUUGAUAAAAAAAUGAGGUCUUCAUGUGAAGAAAAGUUUCGGAAGAAAUUCGGAACAUUCCGAAUUGAGUUAUUAACUUUUAAAGCAAUUUUUAAAAUAGUUCCCAACAUUUCCUUGAAAAAUUUACACAAAAAACGUUUUCCGGAAAAAUGUCUGAAAAUUCCGGAAAGCCAAUAUUGCAGUUUUAAAGUCGAUUAUAAAAAAUUAAUAGAUAAAAAGUAGUUAAAAUGUGAUAAAACUAAGGAUAUGAUUCUUUUUUGUGAGAAUUGCACAAUAAAUUCGCAUGAUUUUCAUUUUGACCUCCAGGAAAGUGUACAAAUUUGUAAACGAUUGUACUCCCCCUUGAGCGGAUUAGAGUGGAGGAGGAUUUAAUGGGUAUAUAUUCCACUGUUUGUCCAUCAAUAUAUUGGCAACAAUCAACAAACAGUGGCAUGUCACUAGAGACCCUACCCUAGACAAAAAUAUUCCCAUCGUAUGGCUGAAAAAUGGUCAUGAGAGUUGGUAUUAGAGAUGAAAAUAAACACAGCAAUUCCAGCUGAUUCGCAUAGCGAUAUGCUAAAAUUAUUUGAUGUUUCAAAGUCAUCUCCAUAAAUUUUCCACUUUAGCACUGCUCUCAUACGGUGGAUUUUUUUCACGCACCACUGCAUAAUAUUUUCUCACAUUUGGAUUUUAUCUCGGCAUAUACAAAAAUUAUAAUUUUUUUAACUCAAAAAAUCGUGGAAAAUAUAUUUGUUUAACUAAAAAUGAAGACAAAAAGCUUUAUCAACUUUUUGGGUAUAUUUGAGCGUCCUUGUGGAAAUUUUCAACAACAAGAAAAAAAAGAAACAUUAGGCAAAUAAGAUGCUAAAAAAAUAAAUAAAUUUAUACAUUUCAUCGUCUUGCCACUUGAUGUGAUUCCCUUAUUUAGAAACAAGAUUCACAUUGUUUGCAAAAUUUUCAAGAUAUUCCAGACGCGCAUGUUUACAAUAUUUAUUUUCAAAAGUCGAAUUUUGAGUGAAAAAAAAUCUUUUUUUUUUUAAAUAUUUCAAAACAAAUUUCAUUUCUGUGGCAUCUCUGUGUUCAGAAUAAAACAUAAUGUUUUAUAGGAUUCUUUUAAGGAUUUCUGUAAAAAGACAUAAAACAUUCUUUUGGAGUUAAAAUAUCUCAAUAAAGAGAGAUGUGACGAAUUAGUAAAAAUAAUAGAUGAAAAUUCAAGAAAAGGGACUCUCAUUGUACGCAAAGAAACACUAAAAAGAGAUAGAGGAUUAUCUCUUUAAAAUUAAGUCUUUUAAAUUUAGAAGACGCUAAAUGUAAAUAUGGUGUCUAAGAUACCUUGAUGUAUUGUUCACAACAAGUAUCAACAUAGUAUAUAAGCUUCCCUAAUGAUUUUAAGCCAUACUUUGGGUUGUUUAUCUAUUUUUCUGCCAAGAUCGUAAAUGUGAUUCUUCUCCGAGAGGAGACAUCUGGGGUUGUAGCAUGAGCGACGGAGAUGGCCUGAGGAAAUUUAUCAGUCAUCAGGAGUUUUAUAAAAGAACGCAUAUGGAGAGUCGUUUAUGUAGAAAAUAUGAGGAAAAACACGAUGCUGCGUGGUGAGGAAGAAGAAUAUAAAAAUGUUGCUUGGAAAUGAACGAAAUUUGCGUAUGAAACUUGUUGAUAUUUUCAUUUGCUGUUUUUUGACCUCUCAUGAAUAUUUGUGGAGCAUUAAAUUACGAAAUGGGAUUUCGGCGGUAAAGAAUGAGGGAGUAAAUAAUGUUGUGGUGGUUACCAUUUUAACUAAAUGCGCUCUUUUUAUCACACAGCGUUAGACUAUUUUUAACAAAUCAACGUAGUUGAAAAAAAGUUCUUUUAACAUGUGCAAACCAUUUUAGAGGCAUAUUAUGAUGGUUCUUAUUUACCAUGAGAUAUUUGUUUGUCGUUGCUAGAGGAGGUAUUUGUCCCACUAAUUUGUUAUUUCCUCAAUCGUGGGUGAUGACUUAAUUAAAUUGAAUUUAUGAGGAAAAUUCCUUAAUUUAGAUUUUUUUUUACCAAAGUUCAUAAAAUUCCCGUAAAAAGCCUCUUGUAGCAUUUUGUUAAAGUCUCAACUAUCUUGCAACAUAAAUUAAACGAUGAUAUUGCAUUUAAUUUAAUUCAAUGAGUGUGGGGGGAACUUAACGAGUCACCUCUUACUACCUUGGAGAGAUAAGUUAGGGAUUAAUUUGAUUUUUAUUGAUGCUAUUUAGCCAUACACUCAAAGUAUAUAAUUUCAAUGAGUAAACAACUUUACCAACCAUCAGAUUCUUUUCCCAUCGUUGCUUGUGAUAUGACAAACACUGGGAGAAAACCAAUAGAAUAUCAUAAGCUAUAAAUCUUUAAUAUAAAUUGUGUCUGUCUGUGGUGUUUGCGGUUAGAGUAAAAGUGAAAAUCCUCAUAGUUGACGUCACUGUGUGAUGAUUUUUUUGUCAUAAGUAGUCUAUUUUCCCUCAGAAUGAAAGCUAUAAAAUAUUACUUUAUCUAUUUUUUAUUUAAUAUUUUCCUUUAAUAUUUUCCCUUAUAUACUUACUAUUAUUACGUAUAUAAAUUAUUAGAAAUGAUGAAGCUUCUCAGAGAGACACCAUAUGUUUUUCCUGCUUCUAUAAAUAAAAUCAUUUCAUUUAAAAUUUAUUCUUUUUGCGUAAUUCCUUCAAUUCCUUUACAUAACUCCACCAGCGACAAAAUUGCAUUCCAAUCAAUUUUUUGUUAAAUCAUUACAUCUCUGGGCAAUUUUUCAUUGGAUUUGUGCAUUUGAAACAACAUUUUUUUUACUUUUACAUAAUUUAUUUCUGGAGGAGAAUUUGUCAUAAAAAAUGGGGUUAAUUUGUUAUCAGUUUUUUUUAUGAGAAAGUAUGCUCUAUUGGAAAUGUUUAAAUUCCACAUAGAAAUCACAUUUAGCCAUCAAAAGGAAUAAUCAAUCACUUGAGCUGUGGGAAUGAGUGAGAAAAUACCAAAGGAAAACUUCAUGUUUUCUCGUAAAUAACUCGCACGGUGGUUGGUUAAAAAGUUUCAGUCCUUAUAAUGUUAGAAGGAAAUUAGAAUUUAAAAAAUAUUAUUCAUAUCAAUAUGAAUAAAGUUCUGUUUCGAGGUAACAAUCAAAGUAUUCGUAGUUUUGUAGAGAAUUGAAAAAGAAUAAGAAAUCACCAGAAACUUAUCAUUUUUCACUACGGGAUGAACAGAACUGGGCUGAAGUUGGCCGAAAAUUGGAGCGAAAUUGGUAAAAAUUUGUUCAAAAAACAACGUCCCAAUUUGUAUUUACACUCAUAGAACAAAAAUUCCGUAUUUAUCACUGCAAAGUGAUAAAUACGGAAUUCUCUUAUAUGAAACACCACUUUUGCAGUGAUAUAUACGGAAUUUUUUUCUAUGAGUGUAUGUACACAUAAGGAUAUGAAUAAACUCCUUUUCUAUGGCUUUUUUUUUAGUCCCGAAAAUAUUCUUUGUAUUUGCUAUGUAUCUUUCAGUGAUAUCAUAAGGAGAUAUUACAAAAUGAAAAAAACUUCUAUGAAUUCAUACAUUUAUUUGACUUUGCUAUGAGGGACCGAAAACUUUUUACUACACCAAAAUUUUUUUUAGUGGUCUCCAAAUCCAAUAAACACGAAAGUCGCAGGAGUGAAAGGGUUGAUUUAAAUACAAAAUUUAUAAUUGGCUUCUGGUAGCAUUCUCCGGGUUAUUUUUAUUGGUGAUUUUUUUUUGCUGUUUGGAAAUAAAAGUCGCGUGUUUUUGUGAAUUUCUCUUUUUUCCGCGGGCAAGGGAAAUGUUCAGAGUUCGUUGAAAGUAUUUUUGCAGCUUUUGAGUGCAAUUUGAAAGUCUAAUGAGAGUGCAGGAGAUUUUGAGACAAAUAACACUUGAGAUUGCCAUUAAGAAGGUAUAAAUUGGACUGAAAUAUUGGUAAACAUCUCAAUUAAUGAUGAUUUGCAAUAUAAUUUUCUCUGUGAGUGCAAAUACUCAGAGAAGUUCAACUUGAAAUCAAUCAUGGCGAUUUCUUCUUCUUUCUAAUUGCUAAUUUAACAAGACAUUUUCUUUGGGAUUCUAUUGGAUAAUGAACUAAAUUAAACCCCCACUUUUAAUCUGGUGGAGUCAAAAUCCAAGGUUUUUUUUAAUUUAGCAGACGAUAAGAAAAAAACAAAAAUAAUUUUCUUUUUAAGAAAAUUUCAAUUUGAGUGCAAAAAGAUAUUUAAUUGAGAUUAUAAAAGAAUCAUAAAGUUGAAGAAGGAAAAUACAUAGAAAGAAAGGCGAUGGCAUUUGUGGAAAUGAUGAAAAAAAGAAGAAGAUUGUGUUUGUGAAUGAUAAGCAAAUAUAGAUGCGAUAGAGCAAAUGAGAUGGAAAAACAGUUCACAAAUAGCUAAAUAAAUGUAGCGAAUGAAAGAAAAAAAUGAAGAAACACACUCAAGUCUGACUCAAGUCUACUAUAGCAAAUACUUAAGUGGAUUCCCGUCAAUCAUUAAUUUAUUACUAUAUGGGUUUAUGUUCUAUGGUGUGGUGGUGUCAGAGUGGCUGAAGAAGACGAAAAUCGCGCUGGGGCUGUGUGUACGAAAAAAUGAGUUUCACGAUGUGCUAAAAAUUCUAAGAAAUUGUCGGUUUUUUCCGAGAAAUUAUUUGAAUAAUACUCCGUGAAUGCAAUUAUUCAUAACAACUUGUAUGAUUUGCCUCUUUAUAUUUCUCGUGUCUCUCUUUCCUUCCAUUCAACCACAUGUCUUGCAUUAAUUCAGUGUAAAUAGAAGCACAUUCACAGACAAUUGUGUGACUAUCUAUAGAAACAAUAAUAAAAAUUAUAUAUGUAACCCCAUAUAUGUAUAAUAUAAUUCUCACUCUUCGCGUCUCAUCAUCAAAUUCACGAUAAGUAAUUUUAUUUAUUUUUCUUCUGCCCAUGAUUGGCACAAAUGGAUUGUCUCGGAAGGAAAAUGAGAGAGAGAGAGAGAGAGAGAGAGAUGUUGUACAUAAUGUAGAGAAUUUGUGAGCCCCAAAAGAUAUAUGUGUCACGAAUAUUACUUCAAAUAUGGUACUAUUUUUAGGCUCCACUGGCCGUGCUUUAUCAGACAAAGGCCAUAAAACCCCAUGCAUCCAAAACUUCGAACAAUGGGCACUCCGCGAGAAUCGAGCUCAAUUGGGUGGGUUCAAUUGAAUUAAUAAACUUGCUAAAUGAAUUUAUUUUUCAUCGAAAGCACUAUAAAAGUUAAUUUGGUGAUUUUUCCUUCCAUACGCUUUCCUAUGCCAUUAAAAUGUCCCAUCAAUUUAGGUCGGAUGUCUGUUUUUUUUUAAAGAUUCGAUGGGUAAUUAAAUUUAGAGAUUUUUUCGCGGAAAAAUGAUUGAAAAUUGUUAUCGAUAGAGUGGAUUUAAAUAAGGGAGGAUAGACUAAAUUCGAUAUCUUCCACCAAACUUUAUUUCGUUACCUAUGUAGGUAUUGUUUAUUCUGGAAAUUCUGUGAGUUCAUUGACUUCUUUUGCAUCUUCUGUAUUGAAUAAGAAAUUAUGCUGAUUGCAGGUUCAAGAGAAAACUUUGACAUGCAUUGAUUGUUUUAUUUGCAAAUGGAAUUAAUAUUAAUUCACCCAUUAAUGUCACACACAAUACAAUACGAAAGCACACGGAAAAUAUGUACUCAUAUAAGACUAUAUUCUUAUAAAUUACUUUGAGGCAUUAUAUGGACUUUUUUAUUGCUUUUCUCAACCAACAUUUUGCUUCAUUUUCAUCCCAUCGAGACGAUUGACGCUAUCAUUAAAUUUUAUUUGUGUUUGUUUUUGAGACUAUAAAUACAUACGAUAAUAAAUAUACUAUUUUCUACCCUAUAUUAAUAUCCCUCAUAUUGUCACAUUUGCAACAUAUUUAUUGCAAAUGAAUACAACUUUCUACGGCAUUUGUGAAUCAAAGGGGAUUUCUAAAGAAUUUUCUUUCAUCUCCUGCAAUAGAAUUUUAUUGACAAAAGAACUGCAAUCAUUAAUGAAAUUUUAAGAUAUAAUUUUAUGAUUUUCAUGAUUUUAUGAAAUUUUAAAAAGAAUCUAUACCAUUAGGGUUAAAAGGGGUAACUGACUUGUAUUAGUUACAAAAUUAAAGCUAUUGAACAAAAUGAACAUGUAAUAAGAAUUUUGCAAAGCAAUACAAUAUCAAGGUCCACCACAACAAGGUUUCUCCUAUAUUAGAAUCUCAAUCCACCGUAGCGUAACUAACCUUACCCCUGACUUCAUCCUGCAAUAUGCAUUUUCUAUAUAAAUACAAUUAAAUACAAUAGUCCAGUUGACUGACUAACGUGCGUGAUAAUCGUAUGCAAAGAAGAAAGAAGUCUCGAGCAUUAAUUAGUGUAUAAAUAUAUAUUAUUGUAUGUUGACCCAUUCAAUAUUGAAGGUAUACAAGAUAUGAAAAUGUGCAGAAUGGAAUUCUUUUGGUAAACAUGGCACAAAACAAUGUUUUUUUUUUCUUGAACAAGAGUCCCCAUCAAGGCUUUCAUACCGGCUUCACCUUGAAUUUCAUCUGUCUCUCGCGUUUAACAUACAUUUUUUCCUCACACCAAAAAGCAUUUAUAUUUUUCAGCACUUGAGAACGUUUCAUUUUUUUUUGGAUCUCAUUUUUAAUUUCUUCCACGUGUCUCGUCUCUUUAUGUGUCACUUUUUUGUAUGUGGUGUAGAGUAUGUGGUAACGUACGACGUCUCCCCCGUUGUGGCGUUCAAAAUAAUUGAAAUGACCUACAAUAUGUGGUCAGUUAUGUGUAGCACACUAAAUAUUAUGAUCUGUAAGGAAGUGAAGAGACGUGUUUUCGUGGCGCCAAGGAGGGUUAACGUGCCCACAGAGAGACGUGAUCCUCGUGCAAUCGUGAUUUCUAUAGCAACUCUCCAGUUUAUUUGUUGCGGAGCACGAUUAAAAGUAGCUGAAUGAUUUAAAAUUGAAUCAAAAUGAUUAUUCUUUGUUAUAUUUAUAUAAUUCUUUGUUAAUGUUGAAAGAGCAAAAAAAGAGAUUUUUCUAUAAAUCUUAAGAAUAAGAAAUCUAGGUCAAAAUUUUAAUUUAUAGAGUUGAAUAAUAUUUUUAGAAUGAGAAGAAAAAUUAAGUGAUGUAUUAGUAUUUGCAGAAAAAUCAUUUGUUCCCAUUUUUUUUUUCAAAUUUUAGUCUAUAAAUUUUAAAUUUUAAUUAUGAAUCCUAAAAUAGUUUAAAAGAAAUUUUAAAUAAAAUAAUCCAUUUACUAAAAAAAAGUUUUUAACAAACUUCUCUAGCUGGAUAUUCUGCUUAUCGUUCGUGUACCGCUUGUAUUAAAUGGCACAAAAAGAGCACAAAAUCAUUAAUCUCGUGAAAUAAAAAUGAAAAAAAAAAUUGAUUGAAAAAUAUUCUGCAUAUUGGCGUCGUCAAUCAAAAGGAAAACAAGUGAGAUUCAAGUGAAUUAUUUUUCACGAUUUUUUUGUACCACCACAACAUUAAUUUUCCCCCACAUCUUAUACGGCUUUUCAAUGGUCGGAGCACUCAAUUGAGGAGACUGAAGAGGCGCACACAAUGGCGAUAUUAUUUUUGCUAUUUGUGUGUUAUUUUUGUUGAUUUAGGAAUAGAUUAAGAAUUAAAUUUAUAGCGUAUGCCAAGGCCUAUGAGGUUUUUUAUAUAUAUUAUUUAACAUUAGCUAGAGCGCGAAAAAUACAUCGCGAGAGAACUUCCGUCCUUCGACACUCGCUUGGGGAAUUGCUAUUUAAUUCAUGGCAAGAAUAAAAUUACAAAUUAUGCUGGAGUCUCACACUGUGGAGCCCUUCUUUCAGCUGCUUGAAAAAAAAAAUGUAAAAUAAAAAAAAAACAAUGAGCUGCGUGAUAUAUAAAUUAGCCAAAAAUAUCCCGCUUCACCUUGAUUAAAUUGAUAUUAUCUCUUUUGUGUGCCUUCUUAUGUACUAUACCAACAAUGUUUUUUUCUGAGUGUACGACAGUGUGGAAGAAUUUAUGUGUUUCGGCUGUUGUUUAUACAGCUCGAUAAUCGCCAAUUCCUGCUUUUUUGCACCAUUGCGCUGAGGAACCCACCUGUGAUGAUUAAUUACGCGACGAAUGACACGUAAUUUAUUGCGACUUAUUGUUUUCACUAUUUGCGGGGUACUUUUAUAAAUAAACUUCCGAGAAAAAAAUUAUUUAUAGUUUGCACAUAGUUUUGUUCGAAAUAAUGGGGAUUUAUUGUUUUUUUUUAAAAUCAUUUUAUUGAUUUAUGUCGUGAAUUUUAGGCAAAUGCAUAUGUAGAAAAUUCACUUAAAGCAGGAUGAUUACUUAGUAGUUUUAUUAGUAAAAGAAUGAAUUCAUUAAUAAAAAAGAAAUAAAUAAAAAGAAACGCUCGUUAUUAUUACCAUCGAUAUGUCCAUGAAGCAUAUGCUUUUACAUAAUGCACACUGCUGAUACAUUCAUACAAUUUUGAAUGCUAUCCUUUAUUAUUAUUAUCAUUAUUAAAUUAAGUGAUAAAAAUAAUUUUUCUUGUUAUUAUUUCGUUUAAUUCGUAAUAGUAAUUUUACAUUUUAUUCUAAUUUAUAAAAAAAAAAAACAUUACCUACAGAUCUUAAUAGGGAUUAAAAUUUCAAUUGAAAAAAAAAAAA